GUGUUAAUUCCGAAGCGACUGUGACACUGUUCGGUACAAUAGAUUUAGUCUUGUGUUCUGACUUGGAUAUCUAUAACAUACGACAGCUUGAUUCGCCUAUUCCCCUAGUCGGAUAUUUUUUUUACUACGAUGGAGUUUAAAAACGCCAUAAUCAUGUGUCUCCAGGUUAUUAUUGCAAUCAACUCAAUGGUCGGUGGAACAUAUAUAACCGACAACGAGAAAAAUAAAGUCACAUUGAAGAAAAAAAAUGGACAAGCGAAACCCCUUAACGAAGCAGGACAAUCUAGCCCCCAGCAUAACGAGGUAGAGCGCAUCUCCCUGCUCGGAAAUGGUGCAACAGACAACACGGUUAAAACCGGAAACUGCUGUAAGAAUGGAGGACGUUGCAUUCUGAACAACUUUUGUCACUGUCGAAAGAACUUCUACGGCCGUUACUGCCAGUACGAGUAUAAGAAUCGUAGUUGUGGCGAGCUGAAGAGUGGUCACUUCAUCCGGUCGGACUGUGACUUGUGUCGGUGUUUCGAUGGCUACAUGUACUGUAUUCCCCGUAUAUACCCCGGCUGUGAAGAUGAAGGUCUGGUGGACCACAGUAAAAAGAUCGAUCCUUUUAAGGGCAAGGACAUCGAGAUAAUCCCCGACGUGAUCGACGGAAAGAGUAUGAACCUGCGAACGUUUGACACGGACAAAGAUUAUGCUUAUUACUACAAUGACUACGAUGGCACGGACAGUAGCAUGGCAUCACAUUUAACAGGAAGUUAUGUAACUAUUGUAAUUCUACUUCCGGUGUUAGUGUUUUGCGGAAUUGGCGUGUUUGAAGUAUACUAGAGAUAAACAUUACAUAUAUAGCCGUGCGAAAAUCAGGAAAGUGCUGUGUGGUAUUCAUCUUCAUUGAUUAUAUCAAUAUAUUCAUCCACUAAUUCUACUGCAACAGAUGUCAGGAUUUGUUCCAAAUUUGAAUGCCGUAUCCCAGAAUAUUUGGGCAUUCCGAAUUUCAUAUGUGCACAGUAUUAUGCACAUGAAGUACAAGUUUAUCAUGUGUUGUGGUGGGUUUUUUUUAUGUCGUACUGUUGUCGUAUUUCAUCUUGAGCUGUUGUGUUCACGACUUAGCAACAUUAUUAAAUUCAAAUCAACUAGUGUGUACCACAAAUAUCUGGGGAGGGGGUCUACUAUAUACAUACUAUGCUCAGUAGUAGACCCCCAACUGGGUUUUUUUCGAGGCCAAUGGCCUAUCUCCUGCAAAUGUGGAUGCCAUGACUUUGGUGGCAUUGUGUUCAUGGCAAGUUUGGUGCAAACGAUUCAAGUCCGACAAUAACCAAAUGUUAUCACAAGCAUAUUUGGUUUGGAUCGGUUUUUUAUGUGAAAACAUUUUUUUUGCAAAUGCAUGCAAAUGAUUUAAGGAGUUCGACAUGUCGGUUGUGUAUCGAAAAGAACAGUAACAAAUCAUCAAGUCCCUGUGGAAUAGAGGGAUAGCCCAUAUAGGGAAGAAAUAUAACGUAUGGAAGAUAAGAAAAAUGAAUAGGGUCGGGGGUUUUUGGAUGGGGACAGGGGGUGAGGGUAUAGAUGGGGAGGGAUAUUGAGAAGGGAAGGUGGAAUGGGAAGGAUUCUGUAUAUAUUGAAAACAGUUCGUUCUUUCCACAUUCUCAAUUGCGUUGUUAUUUUUAUAAAAUUUUAUUUAUUUACGCACUGUUGUCCUGUAUAUAUAGAUAUAUUUAUUGUAACAAUUUUAUAGAACAUAAAAGAUUAACGGCAAUAGCACUCGUACUCACUGAUGUACAGAACAACAAGAUAUGGUACAGCAUUAGUGAAGUCCGGGUCUGCUAUAGCUGACAUUGUACAGUGUGGAAGUUAUGUAGUGAUGUACAUUACAAAGCAUGUAUAACAAUAAAACUUGUAAACA